CAGCGAGCAGCGGAGGCGUGAUCAGACUCAGAGAUAAACCUCCGAAAAAAGUCUGCAUUCAGAGUGAAAUUAGACCCGCCUUCCUCUGAAAAUAAACUACGAGAGCGCUCAAACAGGAAACUCGGUGCGCUUCACCUCCUGCAAGCUCACCAAUGCAUCAUCUGACACUCGAGCAGCAGGUUUACCCAAAAUCCACAUCAGCGCCGCCGCAGCAGCACCUGACCCGCCGCGUUCCCCCCCGUCGCUUCACCUGAGCUCUGAGGAGAAAACACACACUUAAGACAGAUGACCUCUUUUUACGACGAGAAAGACCUGAAGGAAGAGCUCAGUCGAGUCAACUGUCCCGAUGACGAUUUGGAGUUUGAGUACUUGUUUGAGUAUGAGCCACCUUGCAGCGACUUUUCAGGAGGGAAUCAAGAUGAUCCAAACCUUGCAUCUCACAAAGUCCUCAGUCCUGAGUCUGAGCAGGCUUUCCCUCUGGAGGAGGCCUCCCCGUACGGCAUCAAGUCCUGCAGCCCCUCCUACGGCGACCACAGCACCGAGGUUCUAUCAGGGUAUGAAAACCAGGCCAGGAGCUACCUGGACAGUACCCGCCCUGCAGGCCUGGCCCUGAGCCCGCGGAUCGAGAUCACCCCCUCCCGCGAGCACUACAGUCAUGGUCGGGACUCCCUGCAGAACCAGCACCUGAACAUCAGCCCCAGACCCACCCUCACCGUGCCCGGCCAUGAUAGCCUCUCCUACCGUGAGCCGCAGUGCCUGAGCCCCGCCAGCAGCAACUCCUCCACCAGCUGGCACUCUGAGAACUUCUCCCCCUGGGCCUCUCCUUGUGUGUCCCCCAGCAGCGGCCAGAACCCCGGCGACCUCUGCCCCCGACUCCAGAACAUCCACACUGGCUCGCCCCGCACCUCCCCAGGAACGUCCCCUCGCACCAGCCUAGCCGAGGACGGCUGCCUGCAGGGUCCCCGUUCUCCCUCCCCCAGACCGGGCUCUCGCUCCACCUCUCCGCAGGGGAAACGCACCUACGACAUGUACAGGAACCCCGGCCUGGCCCCUGCUGGGCACCGCUCCCGCAGCCCCUCCCCUCACAGCGGCCAUGACAACCACAACAUCGGCGCCCACUAUUCACACAGCAGCCUGAGCGAUGCCAUGAACGGUUUCGCCCAGCCCAGCCUGGUGCCCACUAAGAUAGUCAAGACGUCCAACCAAGUUUACACUCUGUACCCGGAGAACCACGUCGAGGGGAACUACCUGGUGUCAUGUGACCAGGACAUCAAAAACAAACCAGCAGCAGAGCCCUUCUUUGUCAUCCCCCAAAUCUGGUCCAAGCCGAUUUCCAGCAUCUGCAGCAUCCCCGUGGCGUCUCUCCCCCCGCUCGAGUGGCCGAUGCCGCGUCGCACAGACCAGUAUGAACUCCACAUCGAGGUCCAGCCAAAGCCGCAUCACAGAGCUCACUAUGAGACGGAGGGGAGCAGGGGGGCGGUCAAAGCCCCCACAGGUGGACAUCCUGUCGUACAGUUACAUGGCUACAGAGGCAAGGAGCCACUCGGCCUGCAGAUCUUCAUCGGCACAGCUGACGAGCGCAUCCUCAAGCCGCACGCCUUUUACCAAGUCCACCGCAUCACCGGCAAGACGGUCACGACAACCAGCUACGAGAAGGUCAUCCACGGCACCAAAGUCCUCGAGAUCCCCCUGGAGCCGAAGAACAACAUGAAAGCAAUAAUCGACUGCGCCGGGAUCCUGAAGCUGAGGAACGCCGACAUCGAGCUGAGGAAGGGCGAGACGGACGUCGGGCGGAAGAACACGCGCGUCCGCCUCGUGUUCCGCGUGCACAUACCUCAGCCCGGCGGACAGCACGUCUCUCUACAAGUGGCCUCGCAUCCCAUCGAGUGCUCCCAGCGUUCAGCACACGAGCUUCCCAUGGUGGAGAAGCAGGACAUGGACAGCUGCUCCGUCCUGGGAGGCCAGCAGAUGAUCCUGACCGGGCAGAACUUCAGCUCCGAUUCCAAGGUCAUUUUCCUGGAGAAAACCCAGGAUGGGCAGCAAAUCUGGGAGAUGGAAGCCACAGUGGACAAAGAUAAGAGUCAGCCGAGUAUGCUGUUCGUGGAGGUGCCGUCCUACAGAGACACGUCCGCCUGUCAUCCCAUCAAAGUGAAUUUUUACGUCAUCAACGGCAAGCGGAAGCGCAGCCAGCCGCAACACUUCACCUUCACGCCGCUGGCAUCUCCAUCCAUAAAGACGGAGCCUUUAGAUGAGUAUGAGGACCACAUGGGUUUCACCAUGCCUCAGAUCUUGGGUUUAUCCCCUCACUCCUACUACCAUAACCCUCGCAGUGCCCUGCAUCCAGACAACGGCCUGAUCUCCAGCAUGGCGUCCUGCCAGCGCCUCAGCUCCAGCCUCCCAAACCAAGACGCUCGUUUCCAGCAGCAGAGCCCGGCCAUCGUGUACUCCCGCGGGGGGAAGAGUCUGAGUGGCAGCCCAGGCCACUACCAGCAGCCUGGAGGGAUGAUACCCGACCCACACCGGUCCGUCCUCGUCCACACGGGCUCUCCUGCCCAGCCUGUCGGUCCCAUCAGCGCGGGCCAGCACCCGUCCAUCAUCCAGUUCUCCCCGACCAAUCACCACCUUCUUCGAGCGGGAGACGCUCACUCUCUCCCUCCUGCGGAGCCCGACAGCCAGCAGAUCAUCUACUGCGAUGGCUACUCCCCGCAGGCAGCCGCCGCCCACUCGCCCACAUCCCCCCAGGCUCAGGCGGCGGUGCCCAACACUCAGCACUAUCCCACCGUGAUCCAGCAGCAGCAGACAACGUUCGCUCAGAAGGGGCCGCAGAAAGGCAGAGGUCCGCCGGGCGCCGGGGAGAUGGAGGCGGGAGGAGACGGGCAGAGGAGGGUGACGGUGAAGGAGGAGAACUUGGACCAGGCCUACCUAGAUGAUGGUGAGUUGAAUGAGAUCAUAAGAAAGGAUCUGACCGGCGUUCAGGCCAGAGGACAGACAUAGAGGAGGAUACCCAGAGGGAAAUGACAACAUACCACCCCCCCUUCCCCCCACCUCCCAUUGGACACACACAAAGACGGACACACGCAGUCUCUAACCUUCGAGAAAGGUGACGCACAUCCACCAACAAUAAGGCCGUCUCUUCCUCAUUUACUUUACCCGCAGAGAUAGAAGUAUCAGCUCCCGGCUGCUGUGUUUGCUUUGGAUUGUUUUCCCCCGCAAUAAACACUCUCAUUUAGCAAACAGGAGAAAUCAUUUGACCCAUAACGUCAAAAACAAAAGACCAGCAGGUUCAUGAGAACCGACAGGAGAAAGUGCCUUAUUCAAUGUUUUUAUUUCAAUUCCUGGAUCAAGUUCUUUUACUUUAAGGGACUCAUGCAUUUAAAAAAAAAAAAAAAAACAUCCACCCCCAAUAAAAAUAUUAGCUUUACUCUUCAGGCAAUAAAGUCACAUUUACUACCAAGUGGAUCAAAGUAGCAUGCAGCAGCUUCAAAUGAUUUCAUGUCUAAUUAUAGGAGUUUUGCAAGUCAGCAGCUAAAUGGAAUAAAAAUCCCAAAUAGAAAAAGUGAGACUUGUGGUUUAAAGUUUGUCACCAGUUUGUCAUUUCGUUCUCGCUCCAUGUGUUUGUGUUUUUAACGUGUGUGCUAAGCUAACACGCCGAUCAUCUCAUUUGAAAGUGCAGUUUUUUUCUAAGCGAAGCGAAGCGCACACUGCCUUAACAGUAAACAGAGGAACUUUUGUGACGCCCCCUAAUAUGCACUGUUUUUUUUUUUGUUUUUUUUUUUAAAACAGGGGGGGUCCAUGUUAUCACGUUUUAUAUCUCAAUCAUGUGAAUAAUGUACUGUUUUUUUGUAUUUGUGAAAUAUAUAUAUGCAUUGCAUUUUAUUCAGCUAAUAGUGCCAAAGAUACUUUCCAAGAGAAGAUUGAGAAGAUUUCUACUCGCUAAUUAAAUCUGCGAUUAUUUAAAAAUGUAUUGAAGGUUUGCUACACUUAAAUUUACAGACGGUCUUGUUUUUUAAUCCAAGAAAAAUCACAUGUUAUAUUAGCGUCGCUACAGAUUGUGAUCAUUGUAAUAUAGUCUGUAUUUUACAGAAUAUUCCAAAGCAUAUACUUUGUGUAUUUUUCUGUAUAGUUGAAUUUUGAGUCCAUCCAUAAUGACAAUCAGAGUUAACAACGUGUGCAGAAGCUUCAUGCACACUUAACUCUUUUCUGUUCUCGUUCUGUUCGCACAGCAGGAACGUAGAUGUUUGUGCUCGUACAGAACGCAGCCCACGUUUAAAAAGUAUAUUUUGUAAUAUUUUUGAUAUUUUACUGGCUGGAUUGGAGCGCCGUUAUUUGACUGUAUAUAGAACGAUGUUGAAAAUGAAAAAAGAAAAACGCCUAAAAGCAGUAAAAAAGUAAGACUGAAUCUCAAUGUUUUAUAUUUAAUAAGGAUCCUAUUUGACAGAACAUCAGAAUGGAUUCUUAUUGAGCCAGUACUGCACAAGUGCAUUUGACAUUUCUUGAAUGUAACCUUUAUUAAAUAUGUUCCCCUUCUCUGUAAAUAUGUGUUACAACGUUCGUCCGUCCACGUGCAUCGAUAUAAACUCGACUUAAUUUGAUGUCUGUCAGUCCCUCCUGUUUAUAAUCUAACCAAAGCUAUAGUCAUCAUCAUAUCUUUUACCUGUUUUAUCACAAUCAUAAAAACAUCUGAAGGGAAUUCUGACACAUUACUUUGAAGCUUUAAGUCUCUCUUAAUAGUUUUUUAUUUUUGUUCAUGCAUUUUCUUAUUAUUUGAUAAUAUCAAAGACAUCUUUUGCAAAGAAAAAGGGAUUCUUAUUUUAUUCUCUGUGUUGAUAGCUGUCAUGUAUUGUUUUAUUUUGAAAGUCUACUUCACUCUGUGCCUCCCUAAGAAGUCUCUGUCUCUGCUAUCUUUUAUAAUUAAAGUAGCAAUAAAUAAUACCCAUAUUCAUCA